AUGCCCAGGUACACACAGAGACGCACACACGCGGCACACUUCAAAGCAGCGACUUACUCCAAAAGCCUCAAUAUUUGAGAUUUUUUGAAGCUCGCAUUCGCUCCAACGGUUCCCCGUCUCCCUCCCCCCUCCUUCUCUUUUUUUGCCUCUUCCCGUGGCGAAUGUGUCGCCAUCUUUCGGAAACUGUGUUUCUUGUCGUCAUCAGCCUGCAGCUGGUGGUGCAGCCGUGUCUAUCAGCCCUUUCGGCUCGGCACGAGGAUGGCAAGCAGCAGGGCCCUCUCUACCGUGAUAUUCAGGACGAGUUUCCGCUGGAUGAGGAGAUUCAAGAGAGCCGCACGUUCCCCUUUCUCGUCAACGUCUCCGUCUACAUGGCUCCGACGAGUGUGUACUGGGAGGACAUUUGCAAGAAGCAGAUGGGCAUCAUUCCGUCUGACAUGAUGAUGAUGAGCGACUUGGACUGGCUGUCGUGCGCAGUGGUGCUCCAGCGUCGCGAUAUGGUGCACUCCAUACUCAACGAUGACCAUGACGGCGGAUAUGCGUGGGAUCCAAACGAGAUACAGGUCAGGCAGGCAGUCACUGGGCGGUGCAUCCACACGCCCACACGCACCCUGGUUGAUUUGGGUCACUCAUGCCGUUUUGUCUUUCUGUCGUCGGCAUCUAUCGUGUGGCUGUCGUGUUGGGUGCAGGGCAUGACCGAUGGCAUCACCGCCCUCCACUUGGUCGCAUCGCGAGGCGACAUUGACAUUGCGAGUGUGUUGAUAGAGUACAAGGCUGACGUCAACGUCAUGUCCGACGACAAGUUAUCCCCCUUGUGCAUCGCUAUCAUGUUCAACGACGGUGACAUGGUGACGACGCUCUUGCGUGGAGGAGCUGACGCCCAACUCGCUUGUCUGAAUCGCGACGACGUCAAGCGGAAGGCUAAGAUCCCUGACGAUUACUAUGACGAGGCCAAUGAGCACCUCUACAUGAUUCAGCCUCUCUUACUUGCGGCCAAGUACGGCAAGGACAAGGCAGUGGGUGCACUCCUGCAGCACGGAGUCAACAGGGACGCGACGGACACGCGUGGCUUCACGGGCCUGCACUACUCGGCUCUGCAGCAUGACUUCUUCCGCACUCGCCUACUCAGCACGCGUCGCCAGUAUGGCAAGGUGGCCUCUCUGCUUCUCAAUGACGGCUUUCGCAUGCUGGAUGCCACGCAGCAGAAUGGAUGGACCGCCUUUGACUUUGCCUGCCGUGGGGCUCUGUUUCCGGCCGCCAAGCUCAUGAUCGAUGGUGGCGUGUCAGGCGGCUUCUAUGCUCCCCUCUUGAAGCAACCCAUCAACACCUUUAAGCGGUCCCUCCUCGGCCUGGGCCUUGUCAAGCUGCUGGAGACCACUGAGCACGGCCAGAUGGCGCGCAAGCUGCCCGCUUCUCUGGGUGAGGAUAUUCGGCGUGCGAUCAUUGCUAGGGGCGCCGACGCCUUCGUCUCCGUUCUCGGGCUCAACGUGAUCACGCCUCCUUCUCAAGGUUCUCCAGGGAUGCCUCUGGUAGUUAAGCUUGACAUCAAGCUGGCGGACGUUUCCCUUACGGAGGAAGAGGUGAUGCUCUUCGCGCACAAGCCUCACCAGUACGUGGUGGUUGGUGGAGUAUUCAUCUCAGACGUGGAAGCCACGGCCUUGAAACGCCUCGACAACCUGAGUGUCAAGCCUGGCGAUGGAGAUGGGGAUGAGGGAGACGAGCAGGCCAUCGAGUGGGGAGACGACGAGGAGGAGCCGGAGCCGCUGGGCAGUUUUUAUAUGGGUCUUUUGCAUGGCGACCCCAUGGGCAUCACUGUGGCCGUCAUUGCUGGCGCCCUGGUCCUCAUGGGCGUGUCAUUCUUCUUCAUGUGAUUGCUGUCUGUCGGGCAGGGCGACACAACUUUCCACUAAUUAGUGGUGCACAGGUGGGUGGUGUUUUUCUGUCGGAUGCGAAAGGAGGGAAAACUGACUUUUGUAGGUCGCAGGUGUGCUAGUGGUUGGUGAGUCCAGGCAGGUGUAGGUCGUGGGGUGUGUGUGGGUGUGUGUGUUGGUGUUGGAGUAGGUAGAGUAGAUAGAGGGUGGUGUGUGUGUUUAUGUGAUUCAUUCAUUCAUUCCUUCAUCACAUCUGUAUGCCAGUCAGGUGUUAUCUGUGUCCGUACUUACCUACCGCAUGUGUCGUGUCGUGUCGUGUAGAUGUGUGUGUGGACGUGGAUGUGUGUGGACGUAUCUGCGUUGCCCCGCUGUCUUGGUACGCACAGGUGGCCGGCCAUAUGCAUCUCUGUCCCUACUGAUUGCAUGUCGAUAUUUUAUAUCGUGUGGGUUACGCUGUGAAGAAAAGGUUCGCUGCCUUUGUGUGGUGUGAAGUCACAUGUGGACCCACGAUAAUGCAUGCAUCAUGCAUUCGUGUCUGUCUCGGCGUCAAGUGAAGGUGCGCAUAGAUUCGCAAACACCAACCGCAAGUCACCAUCGCACACAGACUUCACUUCUGCACUGCCAGUAGGUAGACAC